GUCACACGUUCAUCUCCGCGCAACGAAGCAAGGACAGGAACCCUAGCAUAAUCUGGGCACUAUCGGUAGAGUGUGGUAUCACGACGGACAGCAAGAAGGGCUACAUCGCAUCAGGAUUCAGCGACCCCGAAGCUAGAAGAGUGCGCGCCGGUGGUGGUUGAUUUGAAGUCUUUUCAACCGAGGGCACGCGCGAUGGGUUCGGGCGGAGCCGCAGCUUGGGUGGAAAGUCCGCUGGCACUCGUGUUAGCCGUGUGUGCAUCUGUGCUGGCGUUGGCGCUCGGCAGCCGAAACAUGCUGCUGCACGCGCGCAACUACAACUUCCCUCGGACGCAGAAGUACAUAUUCCGCAUUCUCAUCGUGGUUCCGGUCUACGCCAUCUGUUCGUGCAUCGCCAUCAUCGGCUCCACAGGCGACGUGGUUGUGGUGGCCUUGAUCGUUCGCGACUGCUACGAGGCCUUCGUUGUGUACUCUUUUCUUACCCUUAUCCUCGAGCACGCGGGGGGCGACUACAACUGCAUCGAGCAGAUCAAGCACCUGCCACCGGUGCCGCACCCUUUCCCACUGUGCUGCUUGGCUCGUGUGCGUCGGGACGGCACCCUCCUCCGCCUGUCGAAGCAAUCGACCCUGCAGUUCGUGGUCGUGAAGCCGACCAUGGCCAUCCUUAGUCUUCUCGCCCUCGCGCUUGGGCAGUACUACUCCGACUCGUUCCAGGUAACCCUUCUGGUGGUGUACAACUCCAGCUACAGCGUGGCGCUCUACGGUUUGCUUAUGUUCUACAGGGCGUGCGGCCCCCUGCUGGCGCCGUUCAGGCCUGUUCAGAAGUUCUUUGCCGUGAAAAGCAUCAUCUUCGCCACCUACUGGCAGAACGUCGUCGUGCACUUCAUUCCCGGGCUAUCCUCGGAGCAAAUCCUCCUGUGGAACGACUGGCUAAUCUGCAUGGAGCUGGUGGCGUUUGCCCUGCUGCUGAACUCAGCGUUCCCGUGGCACGAUUUCAUCAUGGAGCACCACGACAAGCCGGUGCUUGAAAACGUCCGGGAGAUGAUCAACGUCAGGGACGUCUUCCAAGACGCGUACCACAGCUUCAUGCCGUCCUACCAAGACUACGUCGUGGCCAGGGACGACCUCGACCCCAACACGCCCGUCGCAGGCGGGGGGGGAGGGGUCGCACGCCCUGCGGGGGGUAGCGGCGGGAAGAAGGAGUCGAGGGUGGUUCGCACUCGGACGUUUCUUAUCGGCAACCUGGACAGGGGGAACAUGAGCAAGCCGACCCUGUCGACUGACGGAACUCAGUCGACCGACGAGAGCGAUAACCCCGCAGCCGGUGGCGGCAGCCACCCCGCCAAGGGUGGUCGGGGUAGGCUAUCUGUCGACGAUGAGGACUUGGAGGGAGGCCUGGACGAGGACUGGGGGCACGACGUGAAUGUCAUCGAGCUACAGAACAGAUUACCGGACACAAGCAGCAGCAGAGGGGGGGGCAAAAGCAAGCCCAAGCCAAAGCGGAGUAAAGGAGCGGCAGCGGCGGCAACAGAGGUGGAAGCGGCGGCGGCGGCGGCGGCGGCAGCGGCGCAAGAAGAGACAGCAGCGGCGGCGGCGGCCCAAAGUGGCACUGCUGCAAGCCAGGGCGUAGCUGGGGUGGCCGUUUGA